GUCUCCCUAUUUUCACUGUGGUACCUCCAUCCCUCGCCACACCAAAGCAGUUUUGUACCUUCCAACAGGCCUGUCAAGCUGAAGGGUUUCCACCUCCUGCGAUAACCUGGCGCAGAUUAGGAACGUCUACACCUGCUGGAAAGACUGUUUCAAACAAUGCAAGCCUGACGAUCAAAAAUAUUUCCCCUGGUGACAGUGGAUCGUAUGAAUGCGUAGCCACAAACAGCUUGGGUACAAGGAAAGUCUCCAUGAACGUGGCAGUACAGAAAGAAGUGAAUAAAGUGGAUCCUGUGUGCUGGCGCAGCAGAUCCAAAAGUCCAAGUACAAGCUGGAGCCACUCCUCGAGCUCUGGCAGAAUUGACGCAAUCGAUUUCCAAACAAGUAGUGACGUCACAUUGUUGGGAUACCGUCUGUGGGGAGUCUAUAGCGGUUCAACCACUUUCCAGGUCACCAUCCGAUUGUAUCGUGGAAGUUCCUUGAUCGCAGAAAAGACUGGAUCCUACCAUACCACAUCCUCAGUUAAGACGUUUGAAGUUCGUUUUUCUUCUGGGAUUUCUCUCCGUGCUGGUGUUUUAUACACAGCAACAUCUAAAUUAACCACAAGCGGUAGUAACACACAUGCUCAUCAGGAUGGAAUGUCCAGUAGUUCAUGUUCUGGUAUCACUGUUACGUUUAUGAAAUCUUCCAGAGAUACCAACGCAUCAGACGUAUCCAGAGGCCAAAUACCAGCGCUUAUCUUCCGUUCCAGUCACUGCUAAAAAGAAAAUACUACAGUUUCCAUUCUCGAUAGGAAUUUCGUGUACUUUUAUUCAGUUUGAGAUGUUUCAUCCAUUACCAGUAGAUCUCAAGAACUUUUCUAACAAAAAUAGAUCUAUCCGUUUCAUCAUUAUACCAUUUAAAAGAAGUCAGCUAAAUUUCUUGCAGUUAAGUAUUAACAACAAAGUAGGAAGUUUCUGACGGUGAGUUGCAUCAACCGCUUUUGACUGAUGUAAGAGCGAAAAGCGGGGGUUUAUACGAUUAAGAUUGCAACAAAUUACAUUACAAGUUUGUCCUACGCGCGCUACUUUAAAAUAAAUCACAAGAAUUUAUG